GCACAGCUGAUUGUAGGGGCUUUUGGCCCUCCUUGAUUUUGGCAGGCGCUUGUCCUUGUGGAAAGUCGGACUUAUUUGGAAAAGAGGGAGUUGCCAGGCGGAAGAGAGCACUUGGCUUAACAUUACAUUAUCCUACUUGAACUUUAAAAUCCGAAGCUCUCACUGUAAGUUUUAUGUAUGCAUGUGUUAAAAGUACAGUAUAACUAGCCUAUCUAGAAACCGAGCAGACAAGACAAGGAAUUUGUUGAAGGGAAGUUAGCCUAUCAGCAUAAUAGCCAUCCCUCAGGAAAACGCUGGAGUGCUGUCAUUGCGUCAGCGCACUUUCCCCCUCGCAAUUGCUGGGCCUACUUCUGGAGGACUAGAGCGGACAUCACUCGACCUCACAUCCCUCUCUAACACGGUCCGUCUCUACAGCAUAUGUUUGGCUCUCCACCUCUAUCCAGCAUCUGACCUGCAAUUUCUGUGACAGACAGAGGCGUCCUCAGUAUAGCCAGCUGAAGCGUCCCUCCCAGUGUGUUCUUGUGAGGAGGAUGGAGACGAACCCCAUUCCCGUGGUAACGGUCCAAACGAGCCCGUUCGAUGACCAGCGGCCCGGUACUAACGGGCUGCGGCGGAAAACGGAGUUGUUCGAGGGCAAGAAGAACUACCUGCAGAACUACAUCCAGAGUUUACUGUCGUCCAUCGACUUGAGGGACCGCCAGGGAUGUACCAUGGUGGUGGGCAGCGACGGACGCUACUUCAGCCGAGCCGCCACGGAGAUUAUUGUGCAGAUGGCCGCCGCCAACGGGAUUGGCCGUCUGGUGAUUGGCCACAACGGUCUCCUGUCCACCCCUGCUGUGUCCUGCAUCAUCAGGAAGAUCAAGGCCAUUGGUGGAAUCAUUCUGACAGCCAGUCACAACCCAGGAGGCCCCGGGGGAGACUUUGGGGUCAAAUUCAAUGUGGCCAAUGGAGGCCCGUCUCCGGACACAGUGAUGGAGAAGAUUGCCCAGGUGAGCAGGACCCUGGAGGAGUACACCAUCUGUCCUGACCUCCACAUAGACCUGGCCAGACUGGGACGCCACGACUUUGACCUGGAGAACAAGUUCAAACCCUUCAGAGUUGAGAUAGUGGACUCAGUGGAGGUGUACCUCAACCUGCUGAGAACCAUCUUUGACUUCAGCGCCAUCAAGACCCUUCUGACAGGACCUGAACAGCUGAAGAUACGCGUAGACGCCAUGAAUGGAGUGAUGGGUCCGUAUGUGCGGCGUAUCCUGUGUGAUGAGCUGGGUGCUCCUGCCAACGCUGCCGUCAACUGUGUCCCCCUGGAGGACUUUGGGGGCCGGCCUCCAGAGCCCAGCCUCACAUAUGCAGCCCCAUUGGUCGAUGCCAUGAAGGGUGGAGACUUUGGUUUCGGAGCUGCGCUCGAUGCAGACGGGGACCGGUAUAUGAUCCUGGGUGAGAAUGGUUUCUUUGUGAACCCAUCAGACUCCUUGGCUGUCAUGGCUGCCAACCUCUCAUGCAUCCCCUACUUCAGACAGCUGGGGCUAAAGGGCUUCGCUAGGAGUAUGGCAACCAGCACUGCCCUAGACAG